AAAUGAGCUACUUGGAGUUUCAGUAAUCUUUUUAUAUCGCUCUUCUAUUUUGUAUAUAUUUUUAUACACACAUAUUUUUUUUUUUCUUUAUGAACAACAUGAAUGAUGGACAUACACCAUCAGCGGCAUCUCUUGGAAUUAAUACAAAUUUUAGUGGAAGCUCGGUUUCUUCAGGUGGUUCACCACUAAAUUCACCUUUAAUAUCACCUGGAGCAGGAUCGCCUUCUUAUGAUAAUCCUGUUUGGGAUCAAUUACAUAGUCAAUUCAUACAACAAAUGUCACUUCAACCACCUUCACGUUCUCAGUCUAAUUCAACAAAACCAGGUGGUGGAAAUACUUUUGUACAUAAGUUAUACAAUAUGGUUGUAGAUAAGCAAUAUCAACAUUUAAUUGCUUGGACUUAUACCGGCACUUCAUUUAUUGUUUGUAACAUUACAGAAUUCUCAAGGGAUGUAUUACCCAAACAUUUUAAGCACAAUAACUUUAGUAGCUUUGUGAGGCAGCUAAAUAUGUAUGGAUUUCAUAAAGUAAAUAAAUCACCCAGAGGACAUCGAACUUUGGCAGAGAAUCAGAUUUGGGAAUUUUCACAUCCAAAGUUUUUGAGAAAUAGACCUGAUUUAUUAGACGAAAUUAAACGAAAAGCUUUAGAAUCAGACUCUGUUCGAAGAGAUAAUACUGACAUUACAUCACACUUAACAAUGAUGCAAAUGUCACAAUCAGAUAUGAUGCAACAAAUUUCUCAUUUACAGUCUAAUUUAAGUCAAGUUAUGAAUGAGUUGUCAGAAACAAAGAAAAAACAACAAUUACAACAACAAAUGAUUAAAGAUAUGAUAGACUUUAUGACAAAGCAAUAUGGAUCUACAUUACCUUUACAAACUCUAGAUAUAUUUGAUUCUGAUAAACAAGGUGCAGAUAGGCCCCCACCGCCUAUUUUUAUCACUUCUGCUGAUAAUCAACAUCAUCAACAACAACAACAACACCAAUUUUAUUUAAAUACUGCUAAUCAUCAUCCUUCUCCAACAAGCUCAUCGAAUUCACCUUUAUCCUCCCCUCAAUUAGAUCCUACAGACAAUUUACCUCAACUUACUAUACAAACUCAAAAACUUAAACCUUUAUCACAACCAGCUAGUCCUAGACAAUACUUUUCAUCAGAAGAAAAUAAUACUUCAUUGUAUAAUCCGAAGAGCCCAUUAUUAUCGCAAAAUACAUAUAUAUGUAAUAAUCAAAAUGAACAGCAACCUUUUUAAUUUAUAAUUAAUAAAAAAAAAAAUAUAAAUACAUCUUGUAUAAUAUAUUUGUAUAUAAAAUGUUGUGUCUUAUUGUGACGUAAGAUUUUUUUUUUUUAAAAAAAUAAAUAUAUUCUUG